GGAAGAGGUGAAAAACACACAGUGCGGUGGGGUCAAAAGUUCGAGUUUCCCUGCAAAAUGACGUCGAACGCGUCGACCGGCGUGCUGGACCCGUGCACCGUGCGGAUAUCGGUGCGGAAAGAGAUCAAGGGCGGCCGGAGCUACCAGAAACUCGGCUUCACGGAUCUGAACCUGGCCGAGUUUGCCGGCUCGGGCCUGACGCCGCGCAAGUAUCUGCUCGAGGGGUAUGACGCACGGCACCGGCAGGACAACUCCAUGCUGAACGUGUCGAUACGCAUGCACAUGAUUCAGGGUGAUAUUUUGUUCAAAGUUCCUUCCCCGAGCCCGAAGUCGAAGACUGCCCUGCCCCAGGACAACAUGGCGCUCGGGCUACAGCCCACCGAUCCGGCGAUGGCGACGGUCGGUCCCGUCGUUACGCCCGUCGUGACGCGCGUUUCUACCAAAGACGAUCCGUCGGCCGGCUCCGUCGCGCCCGGGUUCGAUUCGCUGCCGAAGAAGAAACCCCCCACACAGGUCCUGCCGACGACGAUAGAGCACCAGCAAUCGUUCGACCUGGACCCGCAGUCGUUCAUCAUUACCGACUCCGGUAUCUCUGAAUCUUCCGAACCGCCAUCGUCCCUGCUGGACUUUCAGUCGAAUCUGUCCCUCGUUGCAUCGCUGCCGGUCAGUGUCGGUGCACCGCAGCAGACGGGCAGUGCCGCCCUGCCCGGCAGCCAGGUGGUACCGCCCGUCGGUACCGUGCCCGGUGCGAUCGAAUUAGGUCACUCGCGCAACUCGAGCAAUACUAGUCAAAUGUCCAAAGGUUCCGGCUACAGCAGCUUCUCCCACAGUCAACACUCGAGGCAAAGCUCCGAGGGAGAUUCCGGCCACCAGAGGUACCGUCCGGCGACGGCAACGGUUUACCAGGGCAAACCGGGCACGCUGCUGACGGUCACCGGCUCCAAAACCAUCACCACCACCAACACCAUCACCACGUCUAGUAGUAGUACCGCACAGUCUUCCUUAGCUAACGGGGGCCGUUUCGUAACGCUCGCUAAUAAGAAACUUCUCGCCAGCGGUCUCAGCAGCAGCACGAGCGCCGGCAGCAACGGCCGGCUCAACCCGACCAAGCAGCAGAUGAUGACGGCGAACCGGCUGCUGAUGAAGCUGCGCAUACCGCAGAGCCCGAACUCGGACUCGGGCGACGAGGUGUUUGUCACGCCGGACGUGACGGUGCUGUCGGAGGACGAGGGCGGCGCCAGCGACGAUCGGACCGAGUCGGGCGUGGAGGAGUUCGGCACACCGACGUCCGAGAUCCCGCUGUCGAAGCUGGUCAAGAUCAAGAGCAUGAACAAUCUGGCCGUACCGAAGGGGGCCAUGUUUUCCGACGAGGAGGAGGUGGGCGAGGCGCCGGACGAGGAUCACCACCAUCUGACGCCGGGGCUGAACCUGAGCCGCAUGAAAUCGCUCGGCAAUCUGUCGGCGUACGAGCGCGAGUUUGGCCACACGCCGGUCGAUCUGCUGCAGUCGAAGCGCGACUUUGAGACGCGCCGGUUCAGCUUCGCCAAGAUGCGCUCGCUCACCGAUCUGACCGGGGGCGACGAAUCGGACGAUGUGUUGGUGCGGCGCCGCCGCCAGCUCAAGGCGGAGGAGAAAAGCUCCUCGGAUGAGUCAAACGCGCCGUCCUCGUGCCAGCUAUCGCCGCUCGGUGGAGGUGGUGGCGGCGGCGCCAGUGUCGAGCUGGCCAAUCGGUUUCUGCCCUUCCAGAUGCGCAGCUCCUUCCACAGCGGUGUGUAUCGGAAGCGGUCCGGCAUCGGGUACACACGGUACAUUGGCAUUGAUGAUGAUCCGGCGGCGGCCGGUGGUGGGACCGCUGCAUCAGCAACGCUCGGUCCGAGCAAUUUAACAAAGAUCAACUCGCUCAGCACGAUCCCGACCGUACUGGCAGCGGAGCGCGUGAACCAUGUGCCCUUCCUGACGCCCAACAUUGGCCGGAAGCGGUUUGCGUCCGCCUCGACCUACAACGCAACCCGUGCCAGCGCCACGAGCAGUCCGGACGAGACGAAACCGAAAACGACCUCACCAACCAGCUCGGUGGCGAAAGUGAUCGCCCGCAGCUCGAUACGGAGCAACAGCAACAAUCCGUUCGAGCGUAACUUCCGCAAGAGUGCCCCGAUCGGUGGGAUCGUGGUCGGGCAGCCCGACCCAGCGACCGACCGAUGUACCGGGGGGCUGCUGACCAGCUCCAGCUCGGUCGGCUCCGUCCAGCAGCUGCAGCAGGUCGGCGGGUUCUUCCGCCAGUCCGACAGCAACUUCUACAACAUCGUGCGCAACUACCCGAUCGGCAAGUCUUCCUCCGCCAAUCUAGAGUCACUGAAACAUCGCUCUUCCUACAACAACUUCCCGCUGAGCUUGAAACCUCAGCCGCAACAGCAGCAGCCGCCGCUCCAGAAGUCAUCCAAGGGCGGUGUGCUGACCGCUAAGGGGGCCGUCGAGCCGGCGAAGGGCAUUGCCGCCGUACCGCUGGUCGGUGUGAAGGCGGUGGCGGUGACGAAUCAUCAACCCACAGCAGCGGCAACGACGGCAACGGCGGGCAAUCGUGUCUACCAUAGGAUCACAUCGCGUCCGUCAUUUCCUUCAUUCUUCUGUUUGUUGUGUUGUGCUGUUGUGUUGUGUAUUGUGUUGCUGUUCCUCAGCGCAAGUAUAAUGCACACUGUAAGUAUGACGUGUGUGUACGUGUGUCUGUGGUUUCUCCCCUCCGGGAUCAGGAGUAGGGAAAUGGGGAUACAGUAUCGUAACGAGCAUGCAUAUGUACAAAAACAACACGCCAUUUAUCCUUUGUACUGUGUCUCCCGAGUGAGCAACAAGGCGUCUCCAUCCGGCAACAAGGCGCGGCGGGGAUUCCGCUCAGUAGUGCGGGUAGUACUUAAGUUUAUCAUAAAGGGACAGUCGAAUCAAUCGACAAACGAUUGCCAUAAUGCGACGGUGUUAAAAAAUCCCAGCUCCGGCUCGAUCCCGAUGAGCGACGGUUCACUCGAUCGCAUGAAGUCGGCGGCGGAGCGAAGGAAAAAGGGCGCGGGCCACGACGGGGACAGCGGAAUGGCACCGACGCUGUCCGGGCGCGUGGAGGACACGCGCGUCAACACCGGGCUCAUCAUAGACGAGCUGCUGAAAAACACCAAACUGGACCAUUUAGAAGAUGCCGAAAAUCCCACCGGACUAGCACUGUACAUUAGCAGCGACGGUACGACGAUGGUCGGCAGCCACGAGGUGCAUUCGCGCAUGCCGGCCGGAGCAUUUAAGCAGGUUGUCAUGGAAACGCCCAGAUAGUAGCAACCGUAGCAGCAAAGUUGCUCUGCCAACAGCCGCUGCCGCCCAACAGUGGCCGCCACCACCGGCUGGCGGGUGAAAGUGGCGUCGCGUGUUGUUGCGGCACACGUUCGAGCACAGCGUGCAGAGUGCAUCAUCGUCGUCGUGCUUCAUCCAAAUUGUGUAUUUGCCAUACCCCCUCCCCUUCGGUUCACGCGAGUCAGUGUGUGUGUGUGUUGUCUGCGGUGCUGAACCGGCAGAGGCAUAUGAUACAAAACAAUACUACAGUGUGUGAUUAUUGGUUUAGGAAAGCGCGCCCGUGCCGUGUUGUACAGUAGUGUAGUAGUCGUAACUGUAUUUUCUUUUUUUUUGUUUCAUUUCCUUUUUUGUUGUCCGCCGUACGUAUGUACGAUGUUGUGAAAAACUUUCCC